UAGAGUCGCUUCCCUUGCACUACAACGGCGCGUCUGUCAUCGUUUACGGAGCAGACGACCAAGAAAACACGAGAAAGUAACGCCAGAUGAAGCUUAAUCAUCGCAAGCAGCAUAAAUGGAACUGCUGCCGUUACUUAUUCCUGCAGCGAAAAGACAAAGACCUCAAUGAAGUUAGCUACAUAAGGCAUCUGAGGCGACCGGCUCCUGGGUGUCACUGACAAGCAAUCAAGACUAGAGAAGAGGGAGGACGACGUGAACAGAUGGAGGACUUAAACGAUCUGGAUAAAGGGGAAGAGGCUGGGCAAGAUGCCACCAACGAAGUGGUCGUUAAGUCAUACGAAGAUGUGCUUUAUCCCGAGGGGGUGCUCAUCACUAUAAGCUGCAUCAUGGGAAUUUUGCUUCUGCUGUUUAUUAUUGUCUGCUGUCUAUGGUGCCAUAAUCGGCGAUUACUGUUACGCCAGGAGGCUAAGAUGUUAAAAGCCGGGGUAACCAGAAAGUCCUUGGACAGCAUUCCCUCGGCCGCGAAACCUAGCUUCAGAGACAUUAUUUGUCAAGAUCCGGACCUUUCGGAUGACUUCGUACAGCUGCAGUCACAGAUACAGAGAGAGUCAACUGCACACAGAGGCACACAUCGGUAUUCAGAGAUACCGAUGGGGGUAUAUGAUAACAGAGGCACACAUCGGUAUUCAGAGAUACAGCCAUUUACGAAGCAAUACAGAGAGACGUGGCCAGGAACAUCAACAGCAGAGUCGAUUAGCCCAACGAAUGGUCGACGUUCAAGCAUAGUAUACUUUGAUUCAUCCCCUGUAAACACUUUGGAGCAACCGCAACAUCACUCCUCGCUAAAGGAACCAUACAUGAAUUAUCACGUAAACAGUAAUAAUAGUCCUCACUCCCAUUCGACUGGAGUCUCAAGAAACAAAAGAUCCCCGCAAGAAUACUUAAGAACCCCAGAAACCACGAAACACGACGAAUCCAGAAAGUUCUCUUUAGACAGUCCCUUCAUUGCAACGAAAAAUUCGAAGUUUCAGAACGCAAGGGAACACUUAGGUUCUAUAGAAUUACAGGCAUCUCCACAAAACGUCGAUAGCGCAAAUUCAGUGAUUAGCGAAAAUAAGACAGCCAGCCAUAACAAGCCUACUGAAUCCGGAAGAGAGAGUUUUGACGCAGGCUUGAUGAUGAAGAAAGAUGUACCCUAUCUGUCAUUUCAAAACAAGAAGUCUUCCGAACAUGAUUAUAAGAUGGUCGUUCAGGCUUUGAGGGACUACUGGAGGAAAAAGGAUCUGGCUGAGCUCCAAGCAUGGUCCCUAAAAGGUCACGAGGGUGGUCGUCCGAAAUUCUUUACCAUGCGUUCUAAGACCUGCUCUCCAAACACAUGCCAAAGCCGGAUUGAUAACUCUGCAACAAGUAGACAAUUAAGAUUUCAGAAAGCUUCUAGUGUUCCAUGGGGUUCUAAAUGUCAUAUAUCUCGAGAUAUACCACGAUGUUCUUCUCCAAAACCCUGUCGAUGCUUAAUUGACAACUCUACAGCAAAGAGCCUUCAAAAAACCUUCAGCACCCCCACCCCUGACAGCCCAAAAUGCGACCAAUGUUCAGCUUUGUCCUCCAAGUCUUCAACAUAUCGAGGGGAAAAAACUUUGAAAAUGUCCACUACUGACAGUCCAUGCUCGUGCACUAUUUGUGAGAACGCGUCGCAAAGACGUUCUCCAGAAUUUGACAGACGCCUGAUUAACGAAUCUCCAAUACAAGUUACUAGCGACGUUUCUCCAAGCACGCACUAUUUACCGUCCAAAAGUAGUUCUUCAUUAUCCUCCCCGAGUUUGAUUCAUAUGUGUGUGAAAAUGGACACGACACUCACGAGUUCUGUAUCAGAGAGUUCGGAAUGCCUUGUUGACACUUCUCCUACACGUCGAGUAAGUAGUCUUCUCAGAGCUUUCAGCCACAGCACGGUUCUUCCGGAUUCACCAGAACGAUCUUCUCCAGAAUUCCGCAAUCGUCAACGCAAAUUUCACAAGCGUUAGGAUGUGCCACAGAGUUCUUCAAAAUCCUGCCGGAAAACUUCAGAUAUCUCCCUUCCAGAUAAAAGUUCUAAUUUUUGCAGAACUUCCUCUUAAACCUUCUUCGAGAAGUCUCCAGCACGGAAUGUCUUCAGUGUCACCCGUCGAGACUCGUCUCCAACUUGUCUUCAAAUGGUGCCCAACAGACCAAGCCGGCAGAGAGAUAUGGAAGGGACCCAUGCGCCGAGUCAUUGGUACCUGACACAAAUCGGUUUACCCAUGCCUCUGACAAAACGCUUUUCAAACCCUGUUGCUGCUGAUCACACUCAUGGCAACACACUAAAAGGCGUUAUUAAUGCGAUGCUAAUUCUACAACAAUGUGCCUAUUCUUUGGAACUGGCACUAUUGCAAGCGUUCCCAAACAAAAUCGCACAUAGCCUGAGCUGGACUGUCAGAUAUAUCCAUUGCUAAAUAUACAUUUUGUGGACAAUGAGCAGUUGCAGGCGACCCAUUAAUAAAAUAAUAUGGGAAAAGGAUUCGUAGGAAUUGUCGUCUAUUCGAUUGGAUUCUGACUUCAGUAAUGUAAGACUGUCGCUGUUUUUAGCACUUGAGUCUACAUGCCUGCUUAGAAAGACCUGCGAAAAACGCAUAUCUUUAGUUCUUUGAUAACAGUUUUAUUCCACUCAUGACCAUUCGUCAUCUUGUGUAUUAGUUACACAGACGAUAGUAUUCGAAAGCACAGUGGCAAACAGGACAUACAGGAGAAUGUUGUGAAUUAUAUCUAUUUCACCCUGAAAUUCUUGUGGUAUUUUAAGCUCCUUUACUUAUGUGAGGCAGUUGAUACUGAGGUUGACUUGUUUGCUGUAAAAGUUUAUCAGUCUCUCUCUCUAUAUAUAUAAUACGAUUAAUAACAGAAUAUAUUUAAUAUCUCAGCAGUUAAAGCCAUUGCAGCUGUACGUGUAUGUUUGUAUUACCUGAGGUCUACAUUAUACAGAAUACGAUGUGUUAUUUCGAGCUAUUCCACAAGGGGUUUUUUUUUUUUUUGUCGUGCUGAUGUCAUUUAAAGCUAGCAAUUAACGGACAGCAGAAAAUAUGAUCACGCCGUGUCCUUAUUUGUUUUAAACGUGCAAUGUGGUUACAAAAUUAAAGUGCCAAUUAGAACCUCUUUCAGAUAAGGUUUUGGGACUGUUACUGCUUACAUCACUGGCCAUAAGGAGGAGGGCAACAGUAGGUCAUGAAAAAAUAUCUCUCUUCCAGUUGUAUGGUACCGUUCCAGAAUAAACACAACUGUAUAGACCCAAAGAUAUUCCAGGCUUUAAUGUUUAAAAAAACAUAGAUUUGUUUUGAAGGACUAAGGUGUACAUUCCUCCUAAUGCUUGGGUAAAACUCGGUACAAGAUAAUAUUUCCCAGAAUUUUGGUAUAUUCCGUUCUCGAAAUAUACAUCUACAAACAUCACCUUACAUACAUAGAGGUCAAAAUUGCUAUGCCAUAUUAGUAUAUAUUUCAUCCCAUCUCUCACACUGACUAAAAAUCCGUGCACUAUCCUCAUGUCUGUUGAAAUCUUUUUGUAAGUGGCGUUGUUUGUAGGGGUGUAUCUCGAAAAAGGAAGGGGAACUUUUUAGAAAGAGUAUCUUGAUUGAUACAUAUUCCUUUUGCUUUAAAAAUAUAAGAUGAAAUGCUUUGAACGGAAAGACAUGCUGGAAGUCGGGAAAACAAGUACGUGUUACAGAGGGAUUUAAAUUAAUUGUACUGGAUACAAUGUUGUUAAGAUGAAAAAUAAUAUAAUAAUACAUGCAAAUCUUUAUGGUAUGGCGCACGUUUCAGAGGCAUAAAAUGCAAAGUAAUACGAAAAAAACAAACAAGCA